AUGUCUGCCACUUUGCUCAUUGAGCAGAAGCUGCUGACUCCUCGGCCGGCCUCGGGUGUCGCUUCACCUGGGCUGAGAACUCCUGUGAUUCCUUCGACUAGAGCCAAUGAUUCGCUGCAAGGCAACGACCUUCUCGCCAACCAGUCUGGUGAGCCAGUUUCGCCGGGCAUCUGGUUUCUAGUUCUCUUCUUCUAUCCCCCCAUUACUGUGCUCAGUGCUAUUGGCAACAUGUUGGUUCUCAUCAUUGUCAUUCGUCGACCCGUGCUGCACACCGUCACCAAUUUGUUCAUCGCCAAUCUGGCCGCUUCUGAUCUGUUGAUAAGUCUGAUCGCGACCCCAGUCACACCAAUCGCCAUGAUCUCGGAAACCUGGAUGCUUCCGGACGCAAUGUGCAAACUGCUCCCUGUCACAAUGGCCCUUUGUGUUUACGUGAGCACACUCACAUCGACUGUCAUCGCCGUGGACCGGUAUUUAAUGAUUGUCCACCCUUUCGUUCCACGCAUGAAAAGCUGCCUUCUGGCGGUAAUCAUCGCCGCAGUCUGGCUGGUGGCCAUUCUAUUCAGUAUUCCCUCAGGCCUCUAUCGACAAGUGGUCACAAAGUUGGACGGACAGUUAGACUGCCAUGAGAAAUGGCCGAACAGAAGUGCCUUAAAGGUAACUUCACCCCAUGUGCCAUCUUCUCUCUUUCAUAGACAUAUUGUUUUGCUAUAUGGCAAAAGAUAG